GCGUCGGUUUUUGAACGUGAGGAUGGAACAGACUUUGCUCUGCGUGCUGGGAUUAUUCUCACUGAAUCUUCUCUUGUACUGUGGACAAGCUGAAGGUUCACCUAAACUCUCUGUGUCGUCCAUGUGGCCAAAUCACGGAGCAUCAGUUAUUCUGCACUGCGCUGCUGAACAUCUGUCUGCAGACUGGAGGUUCUACUGGUACAAGCUUAUUCCUAACAUAGAUGAAGCACACUUCUACGGAUAUGAGCUGCUCCCUGGAAGCACAGGUGGGACCACAUGGGAUUCCUAUGUCGUCUAUAAUCACACAAACACAGCAGGGUAUGCAUGCAGAGCAGGAAGAGGAGACCCAGUGCAUUACACGUCUUACAGUUUUCGAAAGUUUGUCUGGUCCAGAGAGUUUCAGUCACCACCGUCUCUCAGAGUGAGUCCUGAUAAAGUUCAACACUUCAGGUCAGACUCUGUAUCACUGACCUGUGAGGGAAACUCUGCACAGUGGACAGUGGUGAGGUUUCGUCAAGACGGUUUUAACAGUCUACGAUGUUCCAGCUUUGGGGAAUUGACUGGAUCAACAUGCAUCACUCAGUUGAAUCACCAAGAUGCAGUGUACUGGUGCGAGUCUAAGUCAGGACAAUUCAGCAGCGCUGUCAACAUCAGUGUAUCAGACAAAGAUAUUCUACUUGAGAGUCCGGCACGUCCUGUGGCUGAAGGAGCAGCUGUUACUCUUCGCUGCAAGAUGAAGACGGGGAACUUUGUUGCUAAUGUUGUCUUCUAUCAAAACGACAAAGUCGUCCAGAAUGACACGAGAUGGGAGCUGACGAUCCCUGCGGUGUCAAAGUCACAUGAAGGCUUUUACAGAUGUGAAGAAACAUAUUUUCUGUGGACUCAGACUUUUACUCUGACUUCACUACAGAGUUGGAUUUCAGUCAAAUCAUGGUCCAAACCAGAAAGCUCUCCAGGUCAUUUGCCUCUGAUUGGUGGAUUGGUUUGUGGAGUUUUAGUAAUAAUUCCUCUGCUGCUGUUUUUUUGCUACAGAAAGUCUAAAGUCAGACAUUUGCCACAGACCAAACUGUCAAUCAAGGUGAAAAUCAACAGCAGGUGUACUCGACUCUUCUUCACGGUGACGUUUGUAUCUAUGAAACAGUUGGAGGCUCUCGAAACACUGGGACUGGACGCCAACAUGAUGGAGGGGAGGAGCUUGACUGCAACUAUGUAAAUCUAAAUUCAGGUGUAGGUACAAAUAUUCGCAGUUAUAGGCAAAUUAGCAAUUAGCAAAUAUUAUGCUCGGUUAAGUAACCGUAUAAAUGUGUACAUUAGCUUCCCACUAUAAGGCAAAAUUGUCCAGAUGGUGGCGCUGUAAUUUAAGAUUAAAAAUGAAACACUGCAACUCAGAUUGAUUUAAAAAUGUGACCCACAAGUCCAGCUCAUAAAAAGCUGCUUGGACCAUAAAAGACCCCCAUGAACGUUUAUGUAUGUCAGCUGGGAUUGGCUUGGUACACGCUGGACAGGUCGCCAGUCCAUCACAGGGUCCAUCACACAUUCAGAGUGUCAAAUUAACCACUGCAUGUUUGUGGAGUGCGGGAGGAAACCGGAGAACCCAAAGAGAACCCAAACGCACACAGGGAGAACAUGCAAAGUCCACACAGACAAAGGCCCUCACUCGAACCAGGAUUCAAACCGACGACCUUCUUGACCUACUCUACCGUGUGGACCCUUUGUUGGUCUGUAGGUCAUCACUGGACAAGGCUCAUGAUGUACAAAGCUUGU